GUGACAGCAGACCUUCAGCUCAGAGCAGAGAGGAAAUGAACCCAGAAAACUGCUUCUUCUUCUUACUGCGCACUGUGUGGACUUGACUCAGCUGGUCCAGCGGAUUCCCUGCAGCAGCAGCAGCAGCAGCUCUGCUCCGCUCGGACCGACAGACGGACGGACGAUCGGUCACCGGACAGACCGGGUAUCUGCUGUACAGCCGCGGACCUGAUUGAAGACUGCAGGACACACACAGGCCGAUAAUGAUGAUGACGGAGAAUAUGGAGCAGAGUGAUGAUGUCAGCGUCCUGCACGCCCAUGAGGUGGAGCCCCCCAGAGAGGAGGACGGACACUGCCCCCUGCCCUUCAGGCUGCAGCUGAUCGACGACCUGUCCUACGAAGACGUGAAGAAGUGUUACAGAGGAUCAACUGUCAGCAAAUACAACUCUCAGUACCACAAACUGUUCCAGACGGUUCCUAAAGAGGAGAUCCUGAUGAAAGUGUAUUCGUGUGCGUUGUUACGAGACAUCCUGCUGCAGGGACGACUCUACAUCUCCAGGAACUGGCUGUGUUUCUACGCCAACCUGUUUGGUAAAGACAUCAAGGUGUGUAUACCUGUGGUGUCAGUUCGGCUGGUGAAGAAACACAAGACGGCAGGUCUGGUGCCAAACGGCCUGGCUAUCACCAUGGAUACAGCUCAGAAGUACGUGUUUGUGUCCCUGCUGUCCAGAGACAGUGUCUAUGACGUCCUCAGGAGGAUCUGCACUCACCUGCAGGUGAACGGGAAGAGUCUGAGUCUGAAGCAGUACCUGGAGGAGCCCAGCUCUCUGUCCAUGGAUGAGUUUCCAGAGGUGUUGAAGUGGAGGAGGAAGCCCUCGCUCCCCGCCGUCUCAUCCUCGCUCCCUGACUUGCUGGGAAACUCCGCCCCCAGCCUCGCCUCAGAAACAGCCUUCAGCACGCACACACUCACAGACAGCAGUUUGGAAACACAGAAGAUCCUGCUGACAGAACCAGUACCAGAACUGGGUCACAUGGAGUACCAGCUGCUGAAACUCUUCAUCUUGCUUGUCUUCCUGUUGGUCCUGUCGUCCUGCUAUCUGGCCUUCAGAGUUUGUCGUCUGGAGCAGCAGCUUAGCUUCCUGAGCAGCCAACCAACACUGAGAGAGAGGUGUGGAGAGGUGCCCUGCUGGCUCGCCAAUCAGAGGACAGGAACCUGACCCUGAAGUCUGCGGUGAAAUACAGAAGACACCUGCACUUACAUAGACUUCCCAUCAGGGGGCGGCGGUGAGCAGAGACAGACGACUGUAGCAGCCGUCAGCAGCUAAACUCUGACCCCGCCACGACCUGGUUACCAUAGAGACGUCACAAUAGUAACAGAAACUGUAGACUGACCUUUGGCCUCUGAGGACGAGGCAAUGGAGGGGACACGCAGAGGUCGCGUAGAGAUCGUGAGGCUGAAGGGACGACGACAUGCUGUAACAUAACAGACAGAUUUUAAUGUGAAGCAGACUGAAAACAAUGGUGUGUGUGUGUGUGUGUGUACAUAGACUGUAUGGACUAACACACACUCUGACUCUGAGGUCUGUUAGUAGUUCAGGUUAAACAUGUUUUCAUACAGACACUGUUGGAUGUGAUGAAACGGUCGUUAGAGUCGGGAGAAGCUGCCGGUUCCUGAGGUGUUUCUCCUCAUUCUCUUUUCACAGAACAAAUAUUGCCUUUAAAAGGUCCAGUGUGUAGGAUUUAGGGGGAUAUAUUGGCAGAAAUAUAAUAUAAUAAAUAUGUUUUUCUUUGGUGUAUAAUCGCCUGACAAUAAGAAUCAUUGUGUUUUCAUUACCUUAGAAUGAGACGUUUAUAUCUGCACAGGGAGUGGGUCCUUGUCUACGGAGAUCACCAUGUUACAGCGCCAUGUUUCUACAGUAGCCCAGAACAGAUAAAUCAAACACUGGCUCUAGAUAAGGACAUUGGCGUUUCUGCGUCAGCCACAGUAGUUAGAAGACCCUUCACAACAAGAGGGUCAGAAUAACACUGAUUUUCAGACCAAAACUCAGUAAACGUUAUUUAAAAAAUCCAGAACACUCAUGUGUUGAGAAACAUUUAAGUUACUGAUUGAAGAAAAUGUUCAAAUGCACAUUUAUGAUGGUGAAACCUGGGGAACCUGCAGCUCAGCCCACGUCACUGCUCUGUAGCCGUUUGUGUUUUCUGCCAUUUUCAUUCAUAUAUCAACUGACUGAUGUUUUUAUAAACGGUUAUUAUUACAAGUCACAGAUUUCUUUUUUUCGAUCUACAAAGUGCCAGAAUUCACAAUGUCAUCUGUAAAAACACAAACUGAUCAAUAUCAAUAAAGGUUCAUUAAAGGUCCAGUGUGUAGGAUUUAAGGGGGAUAUAAUGGUGGAAAUGGAAUAUAUUAUAACAAGUAUGUUUUCUUAAGUGUAUAAUCACCUGAAAAUAAGAAUCGUUGUGUUUUUGUUACCAUAGAAUGAGUGUUAAUAUCUACAUAAGGAGCUGGUCCUCGUCUACAGAGGUCACCAUGUUUCUACUGUAGCCCAGAACAGACAAACCAAACACUGCAGGGACAUUCAUGCUUUCACGUUUUUUAGCCACUGUAGUAAGAAGGCCCUACACAAUGACACGUUUCUUAAUGUGAAACUGCUUUAAUUUGUGUUUUUAACAGUUUAAAUCACCUGGUCUUUUGUUUUGGAGAGGAAGAGACCUCUGUGGAUAAUUUGUCUCCCAGUAAGAACCUUGUGAACAAUUGGGAAAUUUUAGCUGGUUGCAAUCUGCAGUCCUCACUAAAUCCCCCUAAAUCUCACACGCUGUUCCUUUAAAUAAAGUCUUGAUUGCUGCCUUAAACUUACAAUGUAGCCUCUGAUAUCGUUUUUAAUAUCAUGUUCAUGUAGAGAAGUUGCUUCCUACUUAAGACUGAAUGUUACUGUAAAAGAGUAAAUCUAUCACUUCCCUUAAAUGUGAAUCUGAAUUCUUCUGCAACUUUCGAAUGAUUUUGUUAAAAAAAAAAAAAAAAAAUUUUAGUGCCAAAUCUGUGAAAUGAUGUGUUUGUAUGAGAAGAUAAAGAGACUCACCU